AUGGCCUCCUUCUUCUACGAAGGAGCCCUCAAGACCACAAUUGGCCGCUACCUCCGAAUCUUCGCUAUCACAGUCUAUGCCGAUUACAAGAUCAAGGCAGAUGGUAUCGACGGUAUCCAAUGGGACUCAUCUCACAUGGUCCCUAUCAACGCUAUCAAGGUAUUUGAAUGCCGAGAAGGUGCCGAUUAUGCCAUCAACCCAUGUCCUGAUUGUGAGACAUACCCUGGACAGUACAACAACACCAUCAAGAACGCUUUCAACUACCAAGCCGCUUGGUUGGAGAAGGCUGGUCGCUUUAUCUAG